AUUAUUGCACACACGACUUGGUCCCGCUUGUAUCUAAGAUUCAUGGUUGGGGCCGUAAGAAUCCAAACAUGAAACGGAGACUAGGACAGCCUUUGUCCGAAUUCGGAAUUCCAACCUGGAAUCCCGAGGCGUGCUCACACCACAACCUCCCAUUUCAAUCUUUAAUCACAUAAAUUCACCAAAAUCAAUAUUCGUGUUAUCGGCAACUCGAAAUCAAAAGAGGGCCUCGGUUUUGGAAUAAAAAUCUCGGCGAAAUUUGAGGUGCAGCGGAGGAUAAGCCAAACUAAGCUGAGGCCCUUAUAAGAUGUUGCAACCAAUCUUCAUUAUCGAAUUUGGGUUUUCUUGAGAGAUUGAGAGAGAUGAUGGAGCUGUGUUUGAUGGCUUCGCAUGGCUGCUACCCUCCCGGAUUGGGCGUUGGUUUCCAUCCAGAACAUGCUUCCAGCAGGGUUUCCGAUGAAUUUCAUCAUUUUCUCCCCUAUAACUGGUCGAAACAAGACCUUGUUGAUCCCCUGUCGUUCAAUUUAAGCGGCCUACAAAAGGAGGAGUGGAGAUCCCCUAGUGGAUUCUUGGAUUCUAAUCACUUGUUCAGAUUUGAGUCGACGUGUAGGAGACCUGCAGUCAUUGAUUUUCAAGACACCAAUCUUGAUUCUGUACUUUUUGGCUUUGGGAUUGUUGAACGAUGUGCAAGUCACGAGAAGAUCUUGAAGCUGCUUACAUCUGGAUCAAUUGAAGGAGAAGAUCCCCUGCUGAAUUUAUCGAUGCUCUAUGAUUUAACGGGACCUCAGUCACCCAUUGCACAUUUGCCUCAGCUUAGAUACGAAAGUCAAACUAUGCAGAAUCUUAUAUAUCCAACUAGGGAACUCUAUAUCAAGGAACCAUCCUUGGACUUAGCCGACAAUAGAAGCUAUACCAGCACUGAAAUGGCUGAUAUGCUUUCAAUUAUCUCCAACAUUCAUUCACUGAAGAACACGAAAAAAUCCAGCAGGCAGACGAUGCUGGUCCCUUAUUUUGAGAGGCGCAGAAAAGCAAGUGCUAGUACUAACGCAUCAAAACUCACAGCAACUGAGAAAGUUAGGUCUCCCAAGAGCCACGAUAGGGUGAAGGAGAAGACACCACGGAAAAAGAAGACAACGAGGGAUGCCUACAGCAACAGCUACCUUCAUGCUUGCGAAAGUCUUCUCUCUGUAAUUAUGGACAGGAAGCAGCCCGGUGGAAACACAAUCCUCUCGUUGAAGAAAUCCAGUCCCCAGCUGCCUCGACUUCUCACCCAGUUCUCAGCCAGCAUUGCCGGGACUGGUAUUGCUGUCAUUUUAUCUGUUCUCUGCAGGGUUGCCUGCAACCGGCUCCCCUUGUGCGCAUCCAAGAUUUUGAGCACCGGGUUGGGUUUAGGUCUUGUGUGGCUCUCUUGGGCCGUCAAUAGGCUGAGAGACACGGUUAUCUCUAUCAGCAAAACUUCUGGCAAAGGCGAAGGUAGGGAAGAGGAGAUGGUGAGUGUUUUGGACAGAAACUUGAAAGACAUUUGCUUCAGGGCGAUCGCGUUAGUGGCGGUCGUGGCUCUCAAGGUAGCCUAGUCCUAGUUAGAGAAAAAGGCAUGUGGGUUUUAAUUAACGAGAUGCUAACCUCGUGCUGCACAACAUUCUUAGAUGUAUAUUUGGUAAGAUGUCUGAAUGUAAUCAGUGCCUACUUUGUCCCAAAUUUUGCUCUUCUCAGCUUCAGUUUUGCUCUAA